AGGAUGCAUCUUUUUUCGGUUGAUGGUUUGGGCACUCUUCCUCCGCACAGAAGAAAGCCCCAAGAAAGGAAAGUAACGGAAACCAGACCAGAAUCAGAGUGACAGAGGGUCGGAGUCGCCAAGGUACUCCCAACAGUUGUCCGUUACCUCUCUCAAAUAUGCCAAUUGGUCCUUCCAGUUUUGUUUCUCUCUUGCUCAUAUACGUGCCUGUCAUGCUCCUGGAAUGGCAGAGAAUCAGGGGCCCUCUUUCAAUUUCUUUCUCUGUCCUACUAAGAUAGCGGCAGCCCUUUAAGGUCUAAGCACCCUAUAGCCCAUUUGACUUCCUGAGAGAAAUAAGAGUGCUCCGCUUGUGUUUGUGUUUUCUGCAAGUGAAAGCUCUGAAAUGGCAAGGAGUUUGGAGGAGUUUGAACCCAUUUUUGGGAAAGUGAAUGCGGAGUGGGAGAAACCAUGUUCUGUUGAUCUGCUUCCAUUUAUGUUUCAUGUUCAUGUAUUUGAGGCUACUUCUAUCAGAAUCCAUGUGACCGACUUUCACUCCUAUACUUUCGAGUGCAUUCGUUCCCUAACACAGCUAGAAGAUUUGAAAGAUGACAUAGGGAUAGGUGGGAAUUGGUCGGAUUUUAUAAAUUACCUUCGAGCAUCGAUGAGUUCUGAUAAAGUGAAACUUAUUCUGUACAGUACAAUCAAUCCAGUUGGACAUAGAGAUGUACGGAUUGCCAAGUUCAUUGCUCAAAAGGCGAAGGGAAUGCCUGUUUGCUCCAUUUCCCUGGUCAGGCUGGUCAACUCAUCCGCAAAUGAUGCAAUGGCAAAUCUAUCUAUUGAGCUUUUAACAGCUUUUCAAAGGGAGCAUAAUUUAGUUAUAAGAGAACAAACACGAGCAUAUCAGUUGUCAACUUUGAUUUCAGCUGAACAG